ACCGUCCUCGUAUUUACCCGUGGUGCAGUACCGCGCGCCGAUACAACACCGUGCGAAUUUCGUCCGCGGGAAUAAAGGGCCGCCCUCGCGCUCGCGUCCGCGCGUGCCGCCACGUCACCCAGCUUCAGCCAAGUGGUAAGUAACAGCGAUACAAAAUUUACCGAGUGCCUGAAACGCCGUGCGCGAACGAGCGCGUCCACGCCCGUGCGGACGUUCUGACGGUGGCGUCGUCUCGGUACGGGCCCGCGCAAGGAACGAGUCCGACCGCAGCGACGAUAUUACCCGCGGAGAGAGAGAAAGAGAGAGAGAGAGAGAAUUGUGUGUGAAUAUGUGUGUGUGUGUGUCGCUAAUGAACAGACAGAUGGACAGACGGACGAGAGAUAGAGAGAGAGAGAGAGAGCGAGAGAGACGCCGUAUGCGUGGAUGAAAAAAGGAAAGGGAGAGAGAAAGAGAGAAAGACCGACGUAGCGCGCGCGUGUAUGAGAAUGCUCCACCGAGCGAAGUGAGCGAGUGAAUGCGCGGCGCCGUUAUUAUCCGCUCCGCGACUGAUGCUCUCGCGCGUUCGGCUUGUCACGCUUGUGCGGCACUUCCGCCCGACCGUGGACGAGCGUCCGCCGUCGGACCCGCGUUCUCGAAAAUUGCCCUGGAGCAAGACGGAAACAACGCGGGCGCAUACAGGCAGUGCGGUGGCUGCAGCCGACACCAUUUCCGCGCCGUGGACCCCCGCGAGUUCCGGGCCGCCGCCCGACGCCAACGGCUCCGGCUCGGAUACGAAGAACCUCGACGUUGGCGAAAUUAGUGAUGACGAGAAGGACCUGUCGGCAGCGGAUGCGGAGGGUGUAUGGUCGCCGGAUAUCGAACAGAGCUUCCAGGAAGCUCUUACCAUAUAUCCGCCAUGCGGUCGACGCAAAAUCAUCCUUUCCGACGAAGGGAAGAUGUACGGUCGCAACGAGCUGAUCGCCCGUUAUAUCAAAUUGAGGACCGGUAAGACGAGAACGCGAAAGCAAGUAUCUUCGCAUAUACAGGUUCUCGCGAGAAGAAAACUCCGGGAAAUACAGGCAAAACUUAAAGUGGAUCAUGCCGCCAAGGAGAAGGCACUCCAGACAAUGUCGAGCAUGUCAAGCGCCCAAAUAGUAUCAGCUGGAAGCGCGAUACACAACAAGAUGCCCCCCGCCCUCGUGGGGCCCCUUGCCCUUCAUGCUUCCACCCCUGUCUCCUAUCCCGGAGCGCAAUUUUGGCAGCCAGGCCUGCAACCAGGAACGUCCCAGGAUGUUAAACCCUUCCCUCAACCUGCCUACACCGGGAAACCAGCGACAGCGGUCUCGAGUGGUGAUUUGGUCCAAGCGCAGCCUGCACCACCAUGGGAAGGACGCGCCAUCGCGACCCACAAGCUUAGGCUUGUUGAGUUUUCGGCCUACAUGGAACAGCAAAGAGAGCAGGAGGUUUAUCACAAACACCUGUUCGUCCAUAUAGGAGGUUCCGCGACAUACGCCGAUCCGUUAUUGGAAGCGGUCGACGUUAAACAAAUAUACGACAAAUUCCCGGAAAAAAAGGGCGGUCUCAAAGAACUUUACGAUAAGGGACCGCAAGCAGCUUUCUUCCUCGUUAAAUUUUGGGCUGAUCUCAAUAGCAACAUCCAAGACGAAAGUGGAGUAUUCUAUGGUGUCACAAGCCAGUAUGAGAGCAACGAGAACAUGACAAUAACGUGUUCAACGAAAGUAUGCUCCUUUGGAAAACAGGUAGUGGAGAAGGUGGAAACGGAAUAUGCCAGGUUUGAGAAUGGCAGGUUUGUUUAUCGUAUUAGCCGUUCACCUAUGUGCGAAUAUAUGAUUAAUUUCAUCCACAAACUGAAGCACCUGCCAGAGAAGUACAUGAUGAACAGCGUUCUCGAAAAUUUUACCAUUCUCCAGGUUGUCACGAACAGGGAUACGCAGGAAACAUUAUUAUGUACGGCAUAUGUGUUCGAAGUAUCGACAUCUGAACACGGUGCUCAGCAUCACAUAUACAGAUUGGUCCAAGACUAGCCUGCUUGAACCUGCUCGCCAUGCAGCCAUCCACCCCCAUCAGUGCCUACCAUCACAUAAAAAUCAUCCAUACACGUAUACACACACAUUAUGAAAAUAUAAUAAUAUACACGCAGCCGAGUUUCUCUAUUCUAAAGGGAUUGAGCAUUUCUUCUAAUUUUUUCGUCAGUUCCCAUUUUCAUUUUAAAAAAUAGGAGCAGAUUGGAAAUGUUGUUUCACUCUAUCUUUUGUUCAUUUCUCACUAUUAUUAUUAUCUUGAACAUUAUGUAAUGAAUAUGGAUAAAAUAUAGAGAAAAAUGAAUAAGAUAUAUAGAAAACAACAAGCAGCAGGGUAAAAAAAGAAAUUUAGUUUAGGGAAAUCAGUUGAUUUAGAAUAGAAGAAAAUUUAGAAUAGAGAAAUUUGAUUGCGCGAUAUGUUGCGUGAAUAUGUGGGUGUAAAAAUGCUUACACUUAUACAGAAAUAUUUUCGCGUCCAUAGGUGAGUUUCGAUGGAAAAUAUUCGGUCGAUAAUAUUGCGAAAAUUAUUCUAUAAACAGGUGUAAAUAUUGGGUAAAUAAUAGAUGUUAUAAAACAUCCUCUAUAUAUAUAAAAUCUGAAUGAAUUAAAAUGGUGCAUUGCAUACGUUUUUUUUUCUUUUGCAUUGAGAUUUUGUAGGCAAAUCUUUUCUUGUGUAAUGCUAAUCUUAUAAAUUUAAAUUUUAUAAAAAAUACGUUUUUCCAUUUCAAAUUAGUUGUAGAGAAAUAUCAGAGAAUAAAAGAAAUAAAUCCCGGAUAUUUUAACGGAUUAUGAACCGGCUGUGCAUGCUAAGGAAUUAAAUUAAAGAUGAGAAAAUUCUAAGUAUUGUAUAAUAAAUAUUAUAAAUAUCCUAAAAAGUCUAAUUUUUAUCCUCAAAUUUGAGUGUGUCGUAACGUAAAAUAAAAUUAAUGGAAUGUGUUUUGCGAACGUUUUCCGUGAAACUCCUUAACAAGGACUCAACAAAUAUAUGUACACAUAUAUGAUAAAGUACUGGCCAGCCCGAGCUUGAGUUUGAUUCAAAGUUUAUACUUUUAGUAACUUAUAUUGGAUCAAUAUAUAUAAUAUAUGUAAAAUAUUUGACAUGGUAUAAAAGAAUCUUUUUACUGGACAAUGUCUUAGAUAUCAUACAGUUAUAAAUUAUAUAGUGAAAUAGAGAUUAAAGUAUUUGUCAUAUAUAUUUUAUGAUCUUAAUCAUCGUUCCAUUUAUUCGGCGUUUCAGUGAACUCGUCGAUUAAUCUUAAUAAAAAGGAUCGAUUUUAAUAAAGAGAAUAUAUUGUAAUAAAUUAAUUUAAAAUUGACAAUAAAUUUUGGUAUAAAACUACAUAAAGAGAUAUAAGCAUGCUACAAAAACAAAAAAAAAGAAAACAAAGAAACAGACUCUGAUCUCGGAAAGGCAUGGUACUCCAACAUUUGAUUUAGUAUUAUAGUUUUAUUAUUAAAUUAGACAAUAUAUUAUAGAGACUCGAGACAAAAACAUCCACAGAUAUACAUAUAUUACGUAUAAGAAUAUAUAUGUUAAAUAUUAAUGCAAUGAUUACGAUUUACAUUGUUAUAAAUGAUCGUGUAUAAAGUUAUCUAAGUUUUAAAAGAAAUGGAAGUUUGACCGAGAGAUAUGCCAUUAUGAUUUUUUUAUGUAAUAUGAAAUAUAAUUAAAUAUAUUGUUUUUAAUUAUCAGAAUUGAGUCAGGGGAGCAUAAAAAAAAAGAAAUAUCCGUAUACUGCGUUUCUUUAAGCUUUGUCACAGAACUGCUUUUCGCAUCAUGCAAAAUUCUCUCUGAGUGAAAAUCUAUGUUGCUGCAAUUAUUAACUUUCUAUUAUUUUUUACGUUUCUAAAAUAUCAUAUUUUAAAACGCAUUUGUGGCUAAUGUGCAAACCCAGUCUGAUUAGGCAGCGACACUUAGGUUAAAGGGAUGUGUUUGUAUUUCUUAUAAUCACCUUAUUUUGUAUUUUAAGAUCAUUUUCUAUAAUUCCUUACUGAUGAUGAUUUUUCUUACUUAGCGUAUUUUGUUUGUUUUUAUCUUUCUACACUCUUACAAAGCGAUAUACCAGAUCGAUAUACAUCGAUAUACAUCGAUUAUAGAUGGAAGGCCACCAUCAUAUAAGUUGUAACUAUGUGAUAAGGACUUCGAUUACUCUAAAACUCGUUCUUGGCAUUUUUUUAUCAGGAGUGCAUUGAAAUCGAUCUUGAAGAAUGUAAUAAGACAUACGACAAUUUCAUAGUGGCUUGAAACGUCGAUAUUCAAAUUACAAUACAUCGUUCGAUUGUUUGAUUUCAUCACUCUUUAAAUCUCUGUAAGUUAAAAAUAUUUUUUAAAGCAUUGAUAUAAGAAGAUACAAUAACUUGUUGCAAAAAAAAAGAAAUAUUUCGUACUUAAUAAUAUAAUUUACAUGUUACGCAUACAUGGACCAUAGAGAACUUACAUACAGAGAUUUUUCAUGAACUUAGUGGCAAUUGUUUAAACAAGUAGAGGACCAUAUCUUGCAGUUUAUUUUAUUUAAUUGCAUCUCAAAUAUAUAGUAAAAACUAUAUUUAAACAUUUACACAAAAUUAUAUAUAUUAUAUAUAUAAUAUUUUAUAUAAAUUAUAUAAAAUACUUUAUAUAUAUAAAAUUAUAUGUAAAUGCACAAGAUGGUUUUUACUUAUUUUUUAAUUCAAUCUGUUGUGUUUCCAGAACAGGACUUGCCUAUCAAGCAGUAAAUAUAAACAUAAGCAAGAAAAGGUCGUGUAUAUUUUAAUAAGAUAAUAUUAUUUACUAUAUUCUUACUUUAAUUAACUUUUACGGAACAAGUGGCAAUGUAUUUUGAUCUCUUUUAGUCAGAAAUAUGUCGCUUUUUAUUUGGGGUGAGAAGUGAAUUUACUAUAUGGGUUGACUGGAGUAGAAAGGAAUUUAUGUUUAAUCGAUAUGUGAAUGUGUUUUUUAACUGGCAGCUUUUAUAUGUUUUACCGUUUCAUUGUUACCGUUUUUCUUUUUUUUCCCCCAUAUAAACUCGGUAUCUAUUUGAAAGUAUCUCUUGGAAAUAAUAGAAGUAAAAAUAUGAAAGAAAAUACAUAAGAGAGUAAUUCUCUAUAGUAAGAAUCCUCGUUUGUUUAUUUAUAAGUACAACUUUCAAAAUUGAUUAACGACAGUAUUUCUUUCAAAUGGAUACUAGCCAAUAGUAAUAUUCAUCAUUGCAUCAUAUCGUUUUUAUUAAAUAUAUCUUUUGUCAAUAUGUUAAUUGUGAUUUAGCAAAAUCGUUUGCAUAUCAAAUUGUAACCGUAACCACGGCCAUGUUAUAUAUGAAUGAGUUUUUUUGCAAUACUUUGCUUGUUAAUAAUUAUCAAAAUCAAAGUUUUCAACUUUACAACUGCAGUAAUUUCAAUAAAUAUAACAUAACAUUCUAAUUAUAAUUAUAUUUAUAAAUCCGUGUUCAGAACGUGCUUAUAAAGGUGCAUUAGCAUGACUUUUUGCCAUUCUAUGUUUUAUGUCUAAUGAACGAUAAAAGUAGAAUGAUAAAAAAAGUGUGUUACAUCUUUAGAAGCGCAUUCUGGAUAAGGGCUAUAAUGAAUAAAACAAUGUCUCGUGGUUACAUAUCGAAUUAGUAAUGCAUUGUUUCUAAAAUUACGCAAUAUUUUUAAAAGAUUCUCACAGGAAUUCAGUUCGGUCGUGUAGAUUUUUAUUUUAUAUGAAAAUUUAAAAACAGGUGGAACGAGUAUGAAAUUAAGAAAAAGGAGCACCGAUACUAAUAUUAUUGACAUUUACACAUAAUGAUUUUAAAGUAAGCGAAUUACAUUUAUAAGGAAAGAUUAUAAAAAUAUAUAUUUAUCUAUGUCUUCUGUGAAGAUAGAAAAUAGUACUCUCUCACUCUAUAUUGAUGAUAUCGAAAAUCGAGGUCCGAUAAAAAGAUACAAAAUGCAGAAGUAGAUUAAGGAAAAGAAAAAAAAAGAGACAACUCGCACUGUACACAAUACGAUCGAUCGAUUGACUCAGAUUUGUUAAAUAUCUUUGUAUAUAUUUACAUGAAGACCAUGAGAAAUUGUUCAAGUUCCAGCGCAGCUACAUUUUUGUAAUAAGUACUCUCGUAAAAAAAAACAAAAACUGUUUUGGUUGCAGCUCGCUAUGAAUCCAGUUCCAUAAUUCGAAAUUAAAGUAUGCAAAAAAAUGUCUUAAUAUUUUCAUAGAGAUCUAUUAUUUUCUUAUAAAAUUGAACUUUGAUACAAAAAAGAUAGAUCUAAUCUUCAUUAAUUUAAUUUUUAUUUAUUUAAGUUAGUAACUUAUACUAACUUAUUAAAUAGUUAUAUGUUUAUAAACUAUAUAUUUACUGAUAAAAAUUAAGAAUUGAAAGAAUUACUGAAUUAUUCGAUAUAUUUUAUUUACUCUUUGUAUUUCUAAUCAAUUAGAUACACAUAGAUACACAUAGAUAAGUAAUUAAAAUAUAUUUAUAAAGCAGAAUAUCUUUUAUUUUAUAAAACAUAUAUUCGUCUUAAAUCCAAUCUUUUCUCUAUGAAAAUAUUAAUUACAACAUACAAUCGGCCAGAAUUCAACUAAUUUCAGAAAUUUACAUCUCUAUAAAAUUCUAUUCAUAUCCUGGAACUGCCAUAUCAAAGAAUUGAGCUUGAUUGUAAAAAUGACUAAAAAAUAUUAAUCGGAGAAAAAACAAAAGGAUCUACCUGUAUAUUAUUAUCAUAAAUGAAACGAAAUGAGGAUCAAAGUAGUUGUUUUAACGAAUAAAUGAAAAAUAAAUAAAUAAAUGAUAUAUCAUUAAAUUAGAAGUUUAAAAAUAUAAUAGAACUCAGUAUAUGUACAGUAUUUGAAAAACAUGUUUAUAAUUUGUAUGGAGAAAAUAAAUGAUUGAUAUAAAAAAA